GACCAACACGUCAAUAGCUCCUCCCCAAAUAGGAAGUCAUGCACAAGCAUUGUUUACAAUUUGCCAGGCAAAGGUAGAAGACAACGUGAAUUACGUGUAGGUUUUGAUGACAAUUCAUCACAUUAUUGUUUUCUAAAAAAAGUUUAAGAUUUAUUAGCAAAUGACAAUGGAGAAUGCUGGCCACUUUCAAAGUCAGCUAACCUCUCUCAUGAACGCGGUAGUGACGGCAGCGGUCGUGGAAAUAGUCCGACUUGUAGAGGACAGUGCCGUGGUCCUUCGCCAACAGUUGUCCAAGAGUAAACUGGAGAACGAAGCAUUAAAAGUCGAAAACGAAUCGAAUAAAAAGAAGCUGCACAUUUUGGAAGAAGAGUCGAAGGUGGCAAAGCAGCGUUCUGUCGCUCGUCGUCAUGAAGCUGAUGGCAGGAAAUAUGAAUUUGUCCACACAAAAGAAGAUGGAAAGGGAGAGAAGACAGGUGCAGGGCUGCAAUCUCAGGAGCUGGCUGGCCAAUCCCAGUGGAAAUUGUUAAAAGUUGUUACCAUGGAGAAGGAUGGAAUGAAAGUACUUCGCAUCAAGAAGGAAAUAAAUGAUGACACAGAACAUGACACACCAUCUCCAGUGACAGAUGAGCAGCUGUGUCCCAAAGUGGACAUGUUGUUUGAUAAGGAGUGGAGCCAAAGCCUGUGGCCAGACGACAGUAAAGACAGAACAGAGGAAGAAACUCCAGGAUCAUCAAUGACCCAGCAUCAGAACGGAGGUUUACUACAGUGCAGUAAGCUGAAUCCCUCCACUCCCAUCCUCAAAGUCUUCUGUGAUCCUGAACGAGACACGUAUCCCGACUACCGACUGAAGAGGGAAUCUCUGAAUUAUCUGUUCUCCUUGGCCCUGACUGGUCAAGACAGACAGACGGCAACAUUCAAAAUCCUCGUCUUUAUUUACUGGUUGGCCCACGGGACCUCCUAUAAAACUGUCUCGGAGACUUUCGGAAUCCCUCUGUCCAAUGCUACCAGCAUCGUCCGCGACGUUGCGGACAAACUGGUCAAGCUCUCUCUGAAGAUUGUGAACAAGCCCUCUUCAAGCGAGCUGGCUGUCACGGUGCAAGGGUUCGGCAGACUGGCCCGUCACCCGGUGUUUGAGAAGGCUGUGGGGGCCAUAGGUGGGUGCCACGUCAGGGUCAAGAUCCCCGGUGUACCGCAACCCCAACAGCGUCCAGGUGACCAGCCCCUCCCUGAGAAGGCCCUCCCCACCAUCAACUUCCAAGGGGUCUGCGACCACACGGGCAGCUUCAUCGACGUCUUCGCGGGGCUGCCUGGGUCUAUGACCGACGUGAGGAUCCUGAGGCACAGUCCCCUUUACAAAUGUGCCCUCUACCCUCCACCCGGAUGCUUCCUCCUAGGCAACGGCGGGUACCCUUGCCUACAGACGCCUGUGUGCCUCAUCACACCCUAUUCAAAGUCUGACCAGAACCCGGUGCACGUCCAGUUCAACCAGCACCACGCCAUGGCUCUCUCCUCCAUCGAGAGGACCUUCAGCAUCAUGAAGAAGCGCUGGCACAUGAUCUUCCUGCAGCCUCUUGAACUCCACCCGAGCUUCAUCCCCAAAGUGCUAGCGGUGUGCACCGUGCUACAUAACAUCUGCCUUAGGUCGGGAGACUUGCUGGAGCCAGUGAAGAUUGAGGAUGGAAGCAAGGUGACAGAGGCUCUGAAGGAGUGGCUAACGUCCAAUGAGACCAGCGGAGAGGUGUUGAGGGACAGUUUGGCUAAACAGAUCUCUACAAUGAAAUGCAUGGCCACUGUGAAAGAUGAGCGAGGUACAUCUGCACCAGAAAACAUGACGGCAGUGCAAAAAGAACACGCUUACAACAUAGUGGUGAUGGAACAUUGAUUUGGUGAUCACAAUUGAUGGGUCGAAUAAGUCACCAUCAGUCACCGAUUACACCACUGGCUAGCUGUGAUACUUCAUGAGCCCAUAAGUGGUGGUGGAACUGUUACUACUGACAUUUUUCACUUUUUCACUAAAACAAUUAAGCAUAGUCACCUCAUAUGCCAGUGUUUCUAUACCAAAAAUCAUCCACUUUAUUUCAAAUAUUAUUUCCUUUAUACCGUACACAGUAUAGUGAAACACGAUUUGGAUUAUGUUUUUGUGAGUGGUGUAAAUGAGUGGGGCAGGUAUUUGAACUUAUUGCUCUCUUUUUGAUCAAUUCAGUGAUUAUUACAAGUGUUUUCUACUCAAUGAGUUAUACUGUAUACUCUAGAUGACUGAUAGGGGGCGCUACCACCUUGCCUCCAUCUUGGCAUUCCCUUAUUUAGCAUCAAAAUUAAGUGAAAAAAUAUAUGAACAUUUUCCUUAAAGUACAUUUAUUUUUUUAGAUUACUAAUGUUACCGUCCCCACUACAACAACAAAAAUACUUAAAUACAUGUAAUUUUGUCCUUGAAACAUUUAGUUAAACUACUGUAGAAUUCCUUUCAUUCCUAUGGAGGACUGCUCCUACUAGGGGUGUCAUAUGGCCGACAGGUGGCUUCAAAGCCUCUCAAUGGCCAAUACAUUGCAUUAGUAGACCUUGGUUUAUAUACAUUGUUUCUACUUGUUACAUUUUCUUUUUCUGUUGAGUUGAAAAUAAAGCAAUAUAUCUACCUCCAAA